AUGCAUUCCUCCACGUGGACAUCCCUGCUCCUCCUCGGCCUGGCCAACCUGGUGCCCGAUGCCUCAGCCCGACCGUCCGCCUGCCCUCCGCCCGUCAAGCCCGGCAAGGCCAUCUACACCAUCACCAACGAGAAGCAGAACAGCGUCAUCGCCCUGCCCAUUGGCAGCGACGGCUUGCUGUACCAGGGAACCAGCACUCCAACCGGCGGCUCGGGAUCGAAUGCCCUGACUGCGAGCGGCAAGACCACGGCGCCUGCUGCUCCCGAUGCUCUGGUUUCGCAGUCCGCCCUGACUGUUGUUGGCAACAACCUGUUCGCCGUCAACGCCGGCUCAAACACAGUCACCAUGUUUGCCAUUGACCCCAAGAACCCGACCCGCCUCACCAUGCUGGGCAAGCCCAUCGCCAUCCCCGGCGACUUCCCGACCACCGUGGCGGCAUCGGCCAAGAACCAGCUCGUCUGCGUGGGAGCAACCGGCGCCAAGUCGGGCAUCUCCUGCGCCCCCUUCUCCUCGCGUGGCAUCGGCAAGAUGGACCAGCUCCGCCCCAUCGGACUGAACCAGACGACGCCGCCCGUGGGACCCCCAAACACCAUCUCCCAGGUCUUCUUCUCCGCAGACGAAGAGACGCUCUUUGCCACCGUCAAGGGCGACCCUACCGCCAACACCAAGGGCGUCCUGGGCGUCUUUGGGGUUGAGCCGCCUUGCAACGGACGGGGCGCUGCGACUGUGAGCGAGGAGGGCAAGCUGACGCAGGUGGACGGCAGCAUUGUUCUCUUCGGCUCGUCCGCUAUUCAGGGAUCAUCCGAUCUCUUCGUCACGGACGCUGCCUUUGGCGCUGCGGUGCUGUCGGUUGAUGCCAAGACGGGUGCUGCGAGCAUCAAGGGCAAGGCCACCAUCGACGGCCAGGGAGCGACGUGCUGGGCGGCCAUCUCUCCCGAGACAAACACUGCCUUUGUCACCGACGUCGCCGUCAACCGCAUCGUCGAGGUGUCUCUGACCGACGCCAGCAUCCAGUCCAUCACAGACCUCAACAACGGCGACCCCGGCCUGAUUGACAUCCGUGCUGCGGGCAGCUUCGUCUACGCUCUCAGCCCCGGCAACGGAACCACCCUGCCGGCCGUGACCGUGAUGGAUGUGGUGACCAAGAAGCAGGUUCAGCACUUUCAGCUCAAGGGACUGGGCGCCAGCAAGAAUGCUCAGGGUGUUGCCGUGCUGCUGUAA